AUGGAUCUGGACAGCAUCGAGGGACUGAAUGAAAUCCGUUCGUCCGUCUACAGAGUCUCAAUGAAGCUUCUGUCUCUGCAGAAACUCUGUCGCUUGGACGUCGUGUCUGUUCGACACAUCACGGCAGCUCUCGACUCGGCGGAUGGGGCUAAGCUGCGGCAGGAAGUGGGGCUGAACAGACAGGAAGUGAUCCAGACUCUGAACAGGAUGUUCCACAGCAUCUCACAGGAAGUGCCGGGUCAUGUGACUGCGGAGGCUCCAGAGGAGACCUGCGGUCUGGUGUUCAGACUGUACGACCGAGGUUUCACUCAGCAGCAGAUUCGGGCGUCAGACUCGGAGCACGCUCAGUGUUUCACUUCACAUGAUUCACAUCGACAGCAGCGAGCUGAGAAGCUGCCGGAGCUCCAGGUUCAGCUCUGCUUCUUGCACAGCGGCGCUCAGUCGGGGGCUUGUGAUUAUCCUGACGCCUGCAUGGCGCCUCUCAUCCUGGACAACAAACCAGAGUCUGGCUCCAGGGGGGGGCCAGGUUUCCCUUUUCUGGGCACCAUUCAUAGCAGAUUCAACCUUCGAUGGGGAGGUGCCCACCUCCCUGCUGUCUCCUGCAGUCCACGAUCAGCUGCUCUGGUGAGUGUUGCAGAGAACAGUUCAGGAUCAGUCAGCAGAUCUGGACUCAGAUCAUUACUGAAGGACCUCAGCCAGGUUCCCGCAGCAGUACAGGAAGGAGGAGUUUUUGGUGGCCUGGAGGCAGCAGUCAAGUCAUGUUUUAACGGGGUAUUGACCCCAACGGCGAGUGUAGAGCAUGUGUUGUCAUGGCUGCAGAGCGAGCCCCGUCUGUUGCUGUGGUUACCCACUCUGUAUCGCCUGUCCGUCACUCAUAACGUCAGUCACAACGUCCGCUGCCACACCUGCAAGACCCUCCCCAUCACCGGGCUCAGGUAUCGGUGUAUGAAGUGUGUGAACGUGCACGUGUGUCAGAGCUGCUUUCUGACAGACAGACAGACGAGGAAACAUAAAACUCAUCACCCAGUGCUGGAGUUCUGCACACAGCCCACCUGGAGAGAGUCUCUGUCCUCGUUAGUGCACAGCGCCCGUCACGCCCUAUUACCACGGCGACAUACUCAGAGAGAGGCUGACAACAGGAGGGUCAUGAUGUGGGCAGGGCCAGGAGAGAACAGAGCUCCGCCUCCCUCUGAUCCCUCAACACAACUGGCCACCUCAGCUGUCAGUCACAGUCCCUGCUCUGACAGAAACGUUUCCCGUGGCGCCUCGGUGCGACCUCCUCCCUGCUCAUAUUCCUCUAAAGCUCUGCAGACCGACGAGGAGACGCCGCCUCAGCAGCGGAAGGAGUCAACUCUGCUGACUGAAGUCAGAAACCUGCAGAGAGACAAAUGGUUGUUGGAGCAGCAGCUGCAGGCCUGGCGAGUCACUGUCCAAUCAGAGCAGGGCAUGCUGGAGGACAGGUGCUCUGAGAUGGAGGUUACUAUGGAAACGAUGAGAGAGCACAACCUCUGUCUUCAGGGCAUGCUGACACAGGCUCUGAACAAGAUGGAGGCGCGACAACACGCCGACAAAAGGCCACAAAAACAACAGAAUGGAGCAGAGGGGGCGGGGUCACAGGAAGAGAACUGUCUGUCAGAAGAAGAGGACUGUGACAGGAAGAGGGCGGAGCUUCUGGAGGCAGCAGACCAGGUGGGAGACUCAAUACACCACCUGGUGGACACUGUGAGAACAAACACAGAUGACCAGGUGACUCAUUCUCAGGUUAUAAAAGCUGUUUAUUCAACAUGA